UUUUAAUUUUAAUUUUUUAGGGCUCAUUUGAGCGGUUAAGCUCACCACUGCAAGAACCUCCCCCGAAACUAGAACUCCGGCGAAAGCUCAAAAAUGGCGGACGGCGGAGCCAUGGAAAUAUCUCUCGACAAGCUCCCUAUCAAACGCCUCGAUGCUAUCGAAGAAUCCGGCGUCGAACGCUUCCCACCUGAAAUCGAAUACGAAGAGAAAGCGGUGAAUCUAAUUCGGAGAGUGGAUUUCGCUUGGGCGUUGGAAAGAGAUGCGAAGAAGCAGAAGAAGGCGAAGGAAGCAUCGGCGCCAUCCACGUGGCAAGGAUUGGUUGAGAAUUUGACAUUGGCUCAUCAGGAGCUCUCUGUAAUCAUUGAUCUCAUAAACACUGUUGAAGCUAAUGAUGCAGUCACAGUGGCUCAUAUGAAUAGGCCAAAACCAUUGCCUAAUGAAGCCAUGUCCGACCUUGCAGUGUCUGCUGCAACUAAGCUACAAUGUUAUCGGCAUCUCAGUAAGUACUUUAAGCAGUCUGCGAAAUCCUUGGAACAUCAGAUUGCUAGAGAAGCAAGAUUCUACGGAGCUCUCAUUCGUUUGCAGCAGAAUUGGAAAGUCAAAUGGCAUCGUUUGGCUGCAACUGCUCCUGGUAGUGACGGUUUUCUGAUCGAUCUUUCCAACAACGCAGCACAUGAGCAGCCAGCUGUUCCCCGAGCUCCGACGUUUUCUAUGGUCCGUGUGGACCAUGAUUCAUCUGGCAUGUUGGCUGUGAAUUUGCCUAAAAAUUCAUGUCGCUCUUUCCACUUUGGUUUUCUGGAUGCUCAAUCGGGUGAUAGUGAUAGUCCAGAAGGAUGUGGGAGAAUGAAUUUAGAUACAGGUGAUAGUCCAAAAGAAUCAAGUGACGAUGAUCGUAUACGAGAAACGCACACCGUCCUUUGUAACACCCACAGGGCCAUAUUUUAUGAACAGGUGUUUGAAUUAGUCAGUCGUGAAUCCUUUAAUCCAUCUUUGGGGGUAAACGUGACUGGAAUACGAGAAAACUAUUUGGAACUGAGCAUAAAACCAGGUGUAUCUGUUUUCAUAUUGCUAAGGCCAUACAAUCAGGAAGAUCAAGGUAAAAACAACAGUGACACUCAGAACGUGGAUGAUUUAGCUAAAGGAUCAAGCUUGGUGGAAAGCAAGCAACAUAUUAAGUUAAUAUCUGGACACCCCAACCCCAUCACUUAUGAAAUAUAUCUGCAGCAGCUUUUCCGUAAUGAAAUAUUUUCAAAGGUGAAGCACCAACCAACCUUACCUGGUAAAGUUCAGUCUAAUCAGCAGACAAAUGAUGCUGCGGGUCUUGUAAAUCAUUUCUGCCUUUCUCUGGCUCAUCGAACCUUCUCAAGCAAAGUUCUAGUGGAGCUGGAAAACCUGGUUACCAAAAUCCCAUAUCUCCGGCUUAUAUCUCAACCUACUUGGCAUUCACGGUCUUCCUCGUGGGCAUUGUCCGUGAACGUUCCCAAAGCCAGAAGUGCAGAGUCUCAGGCAUGGAGAUCAAAUGAAGAUCACACUAAAGAAAACAAGUUACUGUUUCAGACAAGGGUGGUGGUGAAAGAUGAUUGCAUCAGCAUUGAAGGCGGAGGUGCCCCUAAUGUUUUGUUCAAAGGUAAGCCUGAGGCAAUGGGCUCCAAGAAUAAAUUCAAUUGUGACAUAGUAGAUCUCCCUAUGGUCCUUCUGUUACAGGUAGCUAGCCAGAUCAUAUACUGGCUACACGAGGAGGCAUUGACGGUGGGGAUAAAAACAAACCAGGAUUUUCUCUGCCUUUCCUUGGAGCUUGAACAAGGGGAGACACUAAGCCUGGUUGCGCAUGUUGAUCCGGAGGAUGAACUGGGAUGCAUCUCUUGGUGGCUUACGGUGGAUGAUGGGUCUACCGAGGAGCACAAACUUCAGGCAGAUAUCCCUGAUGAAUCUUCGACAUCCUUCUCCUUAUAGUAGUGAGGAGCAAUCUCAAGCAGCCACUGUGGCUUCAUCUCAGUUACCUGUCUCAUAUAUUCUUUAGUUGUCAAAACAAGCUCAUGGUAUAGAAUCCACCUUGGCGGUGGAUGCAUCUGUGCUAAACUUGAACUAGGAUGAAGGUAUGCAACCUGAGGAUGCUUAAUUGUCUUAUAAGAUCCAUUUCUGUCUAACUUUGCUGAGUGAGGGAAGAAACCUGCUGUGAUAGCCUUUUUUAUUGCUUCCAAAUCAUUUAGAUUAGAUGUGAUUUCAAUUUCAACCCUCUCCAAGAGCCCCUUGAGUUGAUCUCUUAUAUCCCU